AUGGUUAUUAUCCCUUCAGCAGUACGUGUUUUGUUGUAUGUUUUCCUUGGUUCAUUAUCUGUUCUGACACUUUGUGGAAACCUUCUCAUAAUCAUCUCCGUCAUUUACUUCAAACAGCUCCACACUCCAACUAACUACUUGAUUCUCUCUCUGGCCAUGUCUGACCUCCUUGUGGGGGCUUUAGUGCUGCCAUUCAUCAUAGCAUACUCUGUAGACUCUUGUUCAUAUCUUGCAGAUUUAAUUUACAGAUAUUUUGCAGUGUGUCAUCCUCUGAGGUAUGAAAGUAAAAUUAAUAUUUGUGCUGCUGUGAUCAUGAUCCUGGUCUGCUGGGGAGUUUCCACCCUGGUUGGAACUGGUGUCAUAAUUACGGGACUUAAUGAAGGAAAAUGUGAUGGACGCUGUUUUGCAUUUAAUACCCCAGUUUCAAGCAUUACUGGGUGUUUUUUUGCAUUUUAUCUCCCAGUAGUCAUAAUACUCAGUACCUACCUAAAGAUUUUCCUGGUGGCACAGAAACAGGCACGCAGCAUCCAGAACUCAAACUGCCAGAGCGUAAAGUCUGGAGCGUCUGUCAGUAAGACGGAAAGAAAGGCCACCAAAACUCUGGCUAUUGUUAUGGGAGCUUUUCUGAUCUGUUGGACUCCUUUCUUUACUGGUGUGACCUUAAACCCGCUAAUUAAUUAUUCUAUUCCAAUAACUGUGAUUGAAAUAUUUGCUUUGCUUGGAUGGUCAAACUCAGUGCUCAAUCCAUUUGUUUAUGCCUUCUUUUACAGCUGGUUCCGAGUGGCUUUCAGAAUGAUCAUUUCUGGCAAAAUAUUUCAGGGGAAUUUUGCAAACUCAAAACUGCUUUGA